AAUUCUACUGGCAACACUGCAUUCAUCUAUGGCACGGCAUCUACGGCAUCAUGCUUGGCUUAAAGGACAUGUAUCCAGGCCAUAAACUCCAAAAAAAAUGGCACGGCAUGUUAAAAUUUGACAGCUUUAAAUUAAGGUUAUGUUUAUUUACAUGCUACUGAAAUCAAAACUUUUUAUAUCAUCAUCAUCAUCAUUAUAUAGUUUGUGCUUACUGUAGAAAUAAUAGUCAAUAUUACGUUAAGUGAUCAGUUGUUGUUCGUCAAAUAUAAAGUGGUUUUCCUAUGAUUUAAUAAUUUUAUUUGUAUAUAUAGUUAGAUACGCCUUCCGUGCUGUAAAAUGAAUAGGCCACCGCGUCCACAAAUAUUAAACAACUUCCACCGAGGGCCUAUGCCCUAUCAGAAUCAAUGGCGACCUCGCGGACCACCACGAUUACCGUGGAACAAUCCACGGUUUGGACAGACUUUCGUGAAAACAGAAAAUCAAAAUAGCGAUGAACAUUGGUGCGAGACCUGUGACAGAGGGUUUCCUACAGAAGACAUUCUUCAAAAACAUAAACAACAGCACCAGAAAUGCAAUAUAGAUGGGUGCCAAUUUGUUGCUCAUCCAAAGGUCAUCACAAAACACAUACAAAUGCAACAUUCAACUGGAUUGUACAAGAAAAUUGCAAAUUUGAACAAUCCUGAAGAAAUACAGAAAUGGAGAGAAGAAAGGAAAAAGAAAUAUCCCACAAAAUCGAACAUAGAGAAAAAGCAAGCUGAACAUCAGGAAAAGAUUGCAAGAGGAGAAAAAAUGAACUUGAACCAUGACUAUAGAAACUACAGGAAAACACAAGGUUCAGGACCUGGUAUCAAGAGAAAACUAGGUGAUGACAAAAGAAACCAGACCAAACCUAGUGUUAAUAGGGGGACCAAACAAAACUCAUCUAACAAACCUAAUACUUCAAUAUCUACAAGUACCGAAGUACUUGAUCCCCCAAAGAAAAUACAAAAAAAAAUCCCUGCUGCACCUGCUACCAUUGAAAAGAAUAAGCUCAAACCAUUUGCUGGCAUCCUUAGUAUACAGAUGGAGGAUAAUACUGAAGAAGUUCCUGACACAACUGAGAACAGUAAUGAACUGUUUGAUGAUGACUACGAUGAAAAUACUGAGAUUUCUAAAGACAUUACUAAUAAGGAGCCUGUUCUAUGUGGAGCCUUAUCAUCGCUUAUGUGUGACUAUGGAUCAUCAGAUGAAGAAAAUGAAACAGUAAAUAAAUUAAUAGUACCGGAUCAGAAGCAAGUUGAAUCAUCAAUAGAAAUUAAAAUAAACUCAACAGCAGUUGCACCUACAAUCGAGAAAAUUGAUACUGAAGAUGAUGAUGCACCAGAGGAAGUGAAAAUUGAAAAAUCUAAUACUGAACAUGAUGCAGCAAUAGAAAUUACAACGAAAAAUAAAGAAAAACGUGUAGUGAAAAGCGUCAUCCCCCGGAAAAAUAUAGACAAACCUAAUUAUAAAACAAAACGGAAAGUGCCAUCAACGCUCCUUCAAAAACUGUUACACAGUGAAAUUAGACAAGAACGUAACAUAGUUUUACAAUGUAUUAGGUAUAUAAAAAAAAAUAACUAUUUUGUAAAAUCCAGCCAGUAAAAUAAAAUUUUAUCGACACUAUUCAAGUU